AUGAAUUUUAUUUUUCUUAAAAAAUUUGCAAUUUGUUUUUUAGUAUUAUAUAUUACGAUAAAUAAAGUCAAAUGUGUUAAAAAAAUCAAUAUCUUAAAAUCGUCUAACACAAAAAUUCAAAAUGCAAUAUUCUCAUAUACUAAAAGAAAAAAAUAUUUUAUUAUAAAAUUUUUAAAUAAAUUACCACAAUUAAAAAAAUAUAACACAUUGAAGGAGGAAGUUUCUAUGAAUAAAAAAAAAAACAUUAUUAGUUUGGUUUACAAAGACAUAAUAAAAAAAAAUGAAAAUACAAUUUUAAACAAGUUAGAACAAAUUUUAGAAAAACAACAAAACCCACAUUUCUCUGUUUUUUUUAAUGAAUAUAUGCACAUUUUUCAUAAUAAUUUUUUGCAUUAUUAUAUAUAUUUUUACAUUUUAAAAAUAAAUGAAUAUAUAAAUAUCAUAAAAAAAAUUAAUAAAUUCUUUACUACCAAAUUGAAGAUAAAUCUAUUAAAUAAUACAAUUCACAAUGUGACAGUUUUUGAAAAAAAAUAUAUUUGGAAUAAAAACAAAAUUAAUAAAAUUUUUAAAAAUAAAUUUAAAAAAAUAAAUAUAGAAUUAAAUAAUAUUUUAGAUAGACAUUUAUCAGAUUGUGAAUAUCAUCAUUACAAUACACCUGGUGAAAGAAAAAUUUUUAAUCAUAAAAAUUUACAGAAUAUUGAUGAUAAAUUUAUUAAAUGCUUAUAUAAUAUAUAUGGUUUACAUUUUUAUGACAUUUUUAAUAACAAAUUUUUAUUACCUAUUUUAAAUACUAUUACACAUCUUAUAAAUAUUAAUAUUCAAAUAUUUCUUUUAAAAAAUUUUAAUACUGAUAAAUAUACAGCAAACAAAGUUAAGAAUUCAUAUAAAACAUUUUUCACAUUAACAACAAAAAAUAAUACUAUUCCAUUAUUUAUUCCAUUUCAAGAUAAUAUAAAAUUGGUUGAAAAUUUUCAUACUAUAUUGGAUACAACAGUGAAAAAAUAUAUUAAUAUUGAUAUACCUAAUUUAAAACUAUUGAAUAUCUUAAAUUUAUCAAUAAUAUUGUUAAAAUUGCUUAUACGAAAAAUUAUUCAGUUAUUACUAUAUUAUAUUUUAUUAUACUCAAAAAAAUAUAUAUACCAAAAAAUGCCUUUUAUAAAAGAUAUAUUUUCCUUUUCUUAUCAAUAG